AUGCAAAUAUAUCUUGAAGUUGAAACCAUGACUGAUCGAUCAACAGCAAUGAGAACUGAUUUUGUAGAUCAUUAUCUAGUCUUAGGUAUUUCAAACAUUGAAGGACUUAACCUUGUGGAAGAAGAUAUCACAAAAUUGUUCAAGAAAAAGGCCUUGAAGUUGCAUCCUGACAAGAAUCUUGAUGAUCCAAACGCCAAGUCCAAAUUUCAGAAGCUACUUUCUUCGUAUCAGAUCCUGAAAAACCCGACUUCACGUAAAAAAUUUCAUGAUUUGCUGUACGAACAGCGUUCGUAUAAUCAACAGAAACGUUCUCGAGUUUAUGAGGUUUCAGAAUCUCUCAAGAAACGUUCUCGAGUUUAUGAGGUUUCAGAAUCUCUCAAGAAACGUUCCAAGAUGCGGUGGAGGGAGCAGAAUGUCGAGGCUAGAAAAGCACGAAAACGGAGGGAUAAUAAUGUGAACUUUUUUAGCUUGAAUGCAGCGGCGGAAGCUAGUCGUCAGGAUAAUUUACUUAAAUUUUUUGAUGAUAGUUACAGACCAAUUCAUCCGAAUGAAAAUCUCGAAAAUCCGGCUUCUGGUUCUGGAAAAUAA